ACGGUGAUGACCUGGAUUCAGAUUGCCCAGCUGGAGGCAACAUUUAUCCUGAGCAAAUGUAGCAAUGUCUACUAUUAGCGGUCCCCCUCAUCGCAGCGUGUCGAACAUCCGCCCUCAACCAGCCGGGAAUCCAACGCCCCCUGCAGCCCCUCAUACACCUCUACGAACAAUCUCCUCGAGUUUCGGGUCCCCUUCUGCAUUACGCGCGGAAGAAGACUGCAUUGUUGUUGAAAUAGGAAGUCGAUAUCUCAGGGCAGGGUUUGCGGGACAUGCUGUGCCAAAAGCGCUGAUUGACUAUGGCCCGGAACAACAGAGGAGGGCUGGAGAUUACAGGGAAUGGGAAGUAGGUUAUGACAAAGACUGGAGGAAGAGAAUACAAGGAAACAGUUGGGGAGAUGCAUAUGAGCUAUGGAAGCUCGACUUGAGAGGUGUGGAUCUGGAUUUAGUGGGAGAAAAGAUUGAGAGGGCAAUACGAGAGGCUUUCACGAAAUAUCUCCUUAUUGAUUCUCGAGCAAGACGAAUGGCUUUGGUGAUACCCUCUGUAUUGCCUCUCCCACUCCUAUCUACAAUACUUGACAGCCUGUUCACCAAUUUUCAACCACCAACAAUAUCGCUGAUGUCAGCCCCUGUCCUCACAACUGUCGCUGCUGGUGUUCGUUCUGCUCUGGUAGUAGAUCUUGGCUGGGCGGAGACAGUUGUGAGUGGUAUAUAUGAAUAUCGGGAGGUGCAAUGCACGCGGUCCAUAAGGGGUACCAAGCUACACGGAGAAGAGAUGUUCAAGAUGCUAGCAGAGGCUAUCGAUCCUACCGCGCUGCGAGAAGAAUCCUCGGAAACAAAAGCCAAUGAUGAGAUACGACAGGUUCUUAGUUUUGAGGAGUGUGAGGACAUCAUUACUCGAAUGGCGUGGUGCAAAUCCUCGAAAAGAAUGGAACCUAAAACGACGUCCCUAGGGCUCACUCCUGUGAAAGAAGAGGACGAACUCAGAUCAAGUAUGAGGUCACUAAAUAUCAAUGAGGAAAGGGAGGCGGAUCCAAUUAUAUCAAUCCCUCUGCAUUCGACAAAUCCGCCAAGGACACUACGAAUUCCCUUUUCCAAGUUCGCAGAGCCUUGUGAAACUGCACUGUUUGCAGCUGGCAGACUGCCAGAGGACUUUGAUGAUGAAGAACUACCACUUCAUCUGUUAGUGUAUCGAGCUCUUCUACGACUUCCAGUCGAUCUUCGGUCCAUGUGUAUGUCACGGAUUAUCUUCGUUGGAGGAGGAUCAAAUAUUCUAGGCCUGAAAGAGCGUAUUAUGGAUGAAGUGAAGGCUCUUAUAGAGAAGCUAGGUUGGGAUCCAGUAAGGGGGAAGGCGGUUGAACAACUCCGCUCCAACCCGAACCUUCUGCGCCAUCGAACGAGACAAGCCAGAAGCGGCCCAACCGAAGUUCUACAGGGAAUCAGUGACCCAUUGCACCCCAGAACUGCCGCCGCAUUUACUGAACAGGAGCCUGAUCCUAUCGAAGAUCAGAUAAAGCGUGAAGCAAGCAAAGGGAGUAAACCGGUUGAGCUCGGAUUCCUUCGCGCUGUCGAAUCACUUGGAGCCUGGUCUGGUGGUAGUCUGCUUUCACACCUGAAGAUCCCUACAGUCUCAGUCAUCGACCGCGAGCAAUGGCACCAGCAUGGAAUUGCAGGCGCAUCGAAAGAGAUUGACUUGAGUGCCAACGCCAAACGGCAAAGCAUGGGCCCGGCUGCAUUCAAAUCUGGGACCGCAGAUAGAACAAGCUGGACUUUGGGUCCUUGGGGUUGAGAGAACAUUGUUGGAUGCAUUGAGGUUUUACUGCUCUCUCUAUAUUCGAGAAUAUGCAAACUUAUGGGCUGCAUACCAUAGGAUUCAUAUUGUCGAUAUGGUAUUUAUUACCUGCUCUAGAGCAGGUUUUGUGGUGACAUGUGAUAAUUAGAAGCUUCGUGAAGAGUUUAGAUACCCAG